GAUAAUAUUGUGAGUGGUUGAACCAGCUCUAAUCCAAGCUGUUUAUUUUACAAAAAGAACGCAAAAGUUGUAAUUUGGCCAUUUAGUUGUAUGCGAAAUAGGUCUUUGCGGCAUCUUUGCAUAUAGUUGAACCCAGAUUUCAGAAGAACCCUAUUUGGCAGCGAUAAAUUGCGCUUAAAAAUAGCAAAUCGCCGAUAAAUUACCCCCCGGAGUGACAAAGAUCUGCAUUUUCAGACAGACGCCUGCAGAAAAAAGGGUUUUACAACAAGGAAAUGCGCGAUUUUGCAAAGGAAUGAUUUCUAGAGUUCAACGGCAAAUAUAAUGGAUAACAUUGUCUACGACUUUGCCAAGAUCACGUUUCAACCAAAGGAGAACAGAUCAUCCACCAGCUCCAAUCUCUCGUGGCGACUGAAGGAGAUGGCCAUGUCGGACAUGGAGGAGAUGCAGGACACAUCCGAGCCCAUAGCUGCGCCCGAUUCCGAUGACAAUGUCAGCAGUGCAUCGCAAGACUCCGACGAUGUGGACUCCCAGUUGAGUCGCUGCGAGGACAAUGAUGACGACAGCGAUUGCAUCAGUGGAUCAUCCAGACGAAGUUCCAGUUUUGGUGCUCGAGCGGGCGUGGCUCGUCGCAGGAUGCCCGCCAGGGUGUCCAAGGACAACUUCAACCGGAUCUGCAGCGCCAUCAUGAAACCCAUCAAAAAGAAGCAACGCAAAGAGCUGAACACAAAUGUGCAAACGCUUAAGAGCAUUGAAAAGAUCUACACCAACAAGCGCAUGAAAAAGUUCACGCCCACCAAUCUGGAGACAAUCUUCGAGGAACCCAGCGAUGAGAACGCCGCCGAUGCUGAGGACGACAGCGAGGAGUGCUCCAUCAGCAGCCAAGUGAAGGUAGUCAAGGUUUGGGGUCGCAAACUUCGCCGGGCCAUAUCCUUCAGCGAUGGUCUGAACAAGAACAAAAUCCUGUCGAAGAGGCGCCGCCAGAAGGUGAAGAAGACCUUUGGCAAGCGAUUCGCACUCAAGAAAAUCUCCAUGACCGAGUUCCACGAUCGCCUGAAUAAGAGCUUCGACAGUGCCAUGCUGGAGGGGGAUGAUGGAGAGGCGGGCGGUUCGGUGGAGACUAUCGAGAUCCCGAAGACUUCCAUGACCAUGGAAGACAUACAGCUGCCGGCAAUGAGCAGCCAACACCAGUUCCUCAUGCAACCGGCGGGCUUCGAGUAGAGAGACUGAACGAUCCAUUAAGUGUGCCCCCAUUAUUCUUCAUUGCAUUACAACUAGCUAAUAGUGCCCAAAAACAAAUGUACUGAUACCAAUUAUGAAGUUAGGUUUUACGUUCGUUUGGUUUACUUCACACCUUAGUCUUAAGCCCCAUAAAAGUUAUAUGAGUGUAAAUAGCAUGUAGAAGAAAACAAAAUAAGAGCUAUACCUAGAACUAAACUUAUCCAGCCAUAGAAUACGAUUCUGUGCCUAGCCAUUAAGAUAAUAAAUAAAAGAUGAAAAUACAUACA